AUGACCAACAUAAUGGAAAGAUUCGUUAAGCCGGAAGUUUUAAAAAAUAUAGAAUCUUUUAAAAUUGAUCUCGAAAGUACUAAUAAUUUAUUAACUACAAAUAGUAUUGACAUUGGAUAUACAACAAGAGACGCACUUAGACAUACCAAAAAUAUUUCGCAGCUUAAAAUUUUACAAUUUAAAAAUACUUGCCGCACAUGCCUUAAGAUUUUUAUCUGUAAAAUUUUGAAUCGAUCGCCGCUCAAUUAUAAAUUAGUAAAAGCAAUCUCUUGUGUUGAUCCGUCAAUAGCUGCUAAUGAAGGUAUUGCAAAAGCACGCCUGAAUACCACACACAUUGCAGAUAUUUGUGGAAAAUAAAAUUAUUACAGGAACACAAGCUGAUCAGA